AUGUCAGGUACACGGGGGGCCCGCUCCCUCCUAACAGCUGCUGUGGGGCCCCCCGUACGCCGGCGGCUGCAGGGGGCCUUGGGGGCCCCCCUGGGGGCCCACCGGGGGGGCCCCCUGGGGGCCCCCUUGGGGGCCCCCCUGGGGGCCCCCCCACCGGUUCCGGGGGCCCCCUUCAUUGGAGCGAGGAGAGCGGGGACGGUUGCUGCUGCAGCAGAGACUGCCCCACACCGAGCAGCAGCAGCAGCAGCAGCAGCAGCAGCGCCAGCAGCAGAAGCAGAAGCAGCAGCAGCAGCAGCAGCAGCAGCAAUGGAGGAGCAGGGUCCAGUGAAGCGUGUAUUUACUAGAACGAAACAAAUAGCCACCAUAGGGCCCGCGUCGUGGGAGAAACACCAACCAGAGCAGCAGCAGCUGCAGCAGGGGGCCUCAUACAUACUCGAUGCAGGGGGGGCCCCCGGGGGCCCCCAUAGGGCCCCCCUGCAACAAAAAAGGGUACUAAGGGCCCUCAGAGUAAACCACCGCGUUCUUAUAGAUGAUGGUAAGGUAAGGCUGAGGGUUGUUGAGCUGUCUCCUCUGCUGCAGCAGCUGCAGCAGCAGCAGCAGCAGCAGCAGCAGCAGGAGCAGCAGGAGCAGCAGGAGCAGCAGGAGGAAGAGGAAGAAGAGGAGGAGAAUGAGGGUUUAUGGGUACGAUGUAUAGUUGAGGUGGGGGGCCCCAUCAGCAGCAAAAAGGGCAUAGCUUACCCCGACAGCUGUCUCCUUUUGUCUCCUAUCACAAAAAAAGAUAAACAAAUAGCCGCCAUGGUCUCCUCUUGGGGUGUAGAUUGGAUUGCUGUCUCCUUUAUACAAACACCAGAAGAUAUCUAUCAAUUCAGGCACUACCUACAUACCCAGCUCAAGCAUAUGGGGGCCCCCAGGGGGCCCCCAGGACCUGGGGGCCCCCCAGGAGCAGCAGCAGCUGGGGGCCCCCCAGGAGCAGGGGGGCCCCCAGGGGAUACCCUGUAUGAAUGGGGGCCCCCCUGGGUGCCUCCCCCUCUGAUUGAUGUGGGUGUUGAGGAGAAGAAGAAAGCUGUAGAGAAAGCAGCAGAGAUAGCAGCAGCAGCAGAUGGGGUGAUGGUGGCUCGGGGUGACCUGGGUCUGGAAGUAGCAGCAGCAGCAAUGCAUGCAGCACAGUAUAGGGUACUGCGAGCAGCAAAAGAGAAAAAAAAAAUAGUAGUAGUAGCAACACAACUCAUGGAGACUAUGAUGGUGUCUCCUCUCCCUUCUAGACCCGAAAUAAAUGAUGUUGCUGCUGCAGCAACAGCAGCAGCAGAUGCUGUUAUGCUUAGCCAGGAGACAGCAGCAAGCAGCAGGGGCCCCCUCAUCACCCACACACAGCAACAUAUACUCACAUACACAGAAAAUACACACACAUACUGGGCCCACCAGGACCUGGGGGGCCCCCACGCAGCCACCUUCCUAGCAGCCGCUACGCACCUCUGCACGGGGGCCCCCCUGGGGGCCCCCCUAGGGGCCCCCCUGGGGGGCCCCAUGGGGAGUCUGGGGGCGGUGGAACUGCAGCAGCAACCGCAGCAACCGCAGCAGCAGCAGCAGCAGCAGCAGCAGCAGCAGGAGGGGGAGAAGGGGGGAGAGAGAGAGGAGGAGAAGAGAAGAGAAGAGAGAAGAGUAGAUAGAGAAGCCCUAGCUGUUGGGGCUGCAACAUGUGCCCGUGCAUGCAGUGCCAAUGCUAUCAUAAUAAAAACAAAAGAUAGGGGGGCCCCCCUCUCUCUCUCCGCGUUGAGGCCCAGGGCCCCCAUCGUUGCUGCUACAGAUGACCUCAGACUAGCCAGACAGAUGCAGCUGUAUUGGGGUGUAUUGCCUGUCUUCUUGGGGCCCGCACAAGCAUACAUCAGCAGCAACUAUAUAAAUAUAAAUAAAAAUAUAAAUAAAAAUAAAAAUAAUAAUUAUAAAGAAGAAUAUACACAAGCAUCUACGAAACAACAAAAGAUCACAACGCAUCAACAAAUUGUAGAAAAUAUAACACAGUAUCAAGGGGCCCCCGAGGGGGGCCCCCAGGGGGGCCCCCAUGGGGGCCCCCAGGGGGGGGACCAAGGGGGCCCCCAGGGGGGCCCCCACGGUGGGGGCCCCGAAGGGUACGAUGCUGCUGAGGGGGAUUGGUUUGAAUACGCAAAGAAAAAGGCAAAGGAAGAGGGGCUGCUGCAGGAGGAGGGGGCCCCCAUCGUUGUAUGGGGGCCCCCAAGGCCGGGCCUGGGUGUACGCUCUGCUUGGGGAUCGGAUCCCGUCCCCUCCUCCCCCUUCUCUUCCGCGUCCCCCGCCCAGCAGCAGCAGCAGCAGCAGCAGCAGCAGCAGCAGCAGCAGCAGCAGGAGAGGUUUGCUUAUCCUCUUACUUUCGGGGGAGAGACAGAAGGAGACAAAAGGGUUGCGCUCGUCACCGGGGCUAGCAGAGGUAUAGGCCUCGCCGUGGCCAAGGCCCUAGCCAGGGGCGGUGUAGAUACUGUUCUCUGUGUUGCUAGAGAUCAGGGUUUAGGGUUUGGGGAGGAGGAGGUGGAUGAGGGUAGAGCUGAGGGGGAAGAGGGGUGCCUGCGACGCGGCAGCAUCCUGAGGGGUGCCUGCGACUCCGCCGCAGCCAAGCUGCAUCCUUAG